AUGACGAAUAUGGUUCACAUCGAUGAGAAGUGGUUCGACAUGACGAGAGUGAAGAAUAGUUACUAUGUACUUCCAGGAGAACCUGAACCGAAGCGCACCGUGUCAAACACUCACAGCAUUGGGAAGGUAAUGUUCCUAACAGUUGUUGCUAGGCCUCGAUAUAACAAUGAGGGGGAGCUAACAUUCGAUGGGAAGAUCGGCAUUUGGGCAUUCGUCGAAGAGACUGAGGCGAAGCAGACAAGUCAGAACAGAACAAAGGGAACAAAAGUGUUGACAUCAGUGAAAGAUAAGUGGCCUGACGAUGAUGAGGGAGCAACAAUAUUCAUCCAACAGGAUAACGCAAAGCCUCAUGUCCUUCCCAAUGAUGUAGCUUUUCGAGAAGCUGUGGAACAAACUGAUCUUGACAUCCGAUUGCUACAACAGCCCCCAAAUAGCCCUGAGUUAAAUUGUCUGGACCUAUGCUUCCAUAACUCUCUCCAGUCUCUAACCGACUGCAGGUCACCUACAAACAUCCAGGAACUGGUACAGGGUGUGGAAGAGGAAUUCGAGAACUACGAUCCCGACAAGUUGCACAUAAGCUUUAUCACAUUAGAAGCAGUUAUGUUUGAAGUUAUUAAGGACAAAGGAGGAAAUCAAUUUAAGUUGCCCCACUUGCACAAGGAUCGCUUUCAGAAUGCUGGACUGGAAAUAACCAGUGUAUAUUGCGACAGUCGGGUAGUUGUUGAUACUAGGGUCAUUAUAGAAGAAAUGGAAAUUGCAAUAGGAAAAGAAAAUGAAAGGAAAGAAUUAGCUAGAGAAGGGAAAAGAAAGAAAAGUAAAGGAAAGGGAAGGGAAGAAGUGGCCAGAGAAAGGAAAAGAAUGUAG